AUGGACAAUCCUGUUGGCCAUGGUAUGGGGUCUUCUCCCAAUUCAGAGUUCUACAUUGGAGGACAUGAAUUUUGUUCGACCUUCACAAAUACAGAGGUCUCCUCUCAGCCUCUAUCCUCCUCUUAUUUGCCCUCCGAGUUUUCGCCGGCUCUCGGUGAGAUGCAUAACUCCAAGAAUAGCGAAUUGGACCCUAUUGAAGCUAUCCUGAUGGAGAUUGAUGGGCUCGAGCCAUUCUCGAGCUGCAACGAUAAGGGGUGGACCGCUAGCCCCAUUUCAUCCCUAUACUCGGAGAUCACUAACGACGUCUCCUCAGCCCAAGCAUCUUUAACCCUUCCAUUCGAGGGAAUGGAGGUCGAUAAUAAACUCGGCCUCCCCCAUCUCCUUAAGGCAUAUGGAGAGGCCAUGGAAAACGAGCAGUGCGAGCUCCUCGACGUGCUCUCAGUAUGCAUCAGCGAGAGAGCAAACCCGCUUGGCAACACGAUGGAUCGCCUCGCCUUCUACAUGUUCGACAGAACACAAGACCUUGAUUACAUAAAACAAGAGGCUUUCAAGAAUUUUAAGCCAGCAUUAAAUGCAGUAUACCAAAUAUCCCCCCACGGGAGAUUCGCCUAUUUUGCAGCGAAUUUGGCAAUUAUCGAAUCCGUGCCUGAACACAUUGAGGCCGUGCAUGUUAUAGACUUUGACAUGGGGGAAGCGUUCCAAUGGUCGGCACUGAUCGAGUCCAUGGCAAUGGCAGGGAGACGUGUAGCUCUAAGGUUAACUUCAAUCAAAUGGGACGAUGAGAAAUGUUUGAUCGAAUUCGAGGAGGUGAAGAGGAGGCUUCAAGAGCAAGCAAAGGCUCUUGGUGUGGAGUUGGUGACGGAAGAGAUGAGGAUUGAUGCUUUAGUGAGUGAGAUGAAGAGACUAUGCAAAAGAGGAGGUGAUAAUAAUGAUAUGAGUUCAGAAUGGAUGGUCUUCAAUGUAAUGAAGGGUCUUCCCCACAUGGGAAGGAGAAGAAGUGAGAGCCUAGUUGGUGAGUUCUUGAGAUUGGCCAAGGAAGUGAUUGCACAUCCCGCCGUCGGAGGCAUAAUAACUUCGGGCCAAGGAGAAACUAGCCACGAAUCGCGAAAUUGCUCGGGGUUUGGUGAUUUCUUCGAAGAGAACAUCAAGUAUUACCAUGCAAUUUUGGAAUCAAUCGAAUCAGAUUUGAAAAGCCAGCAGCUUGUAGAGGCAAGGCUAGCUGUGGAGUCUCUUUUUGUCUCGCCCUUUGUUUCUUGCCUCGGCUGGUUCCAAAGUUGGGGAGAAGCAAGGGAGCGUUUGGAUGUUCCAUUGGGGUCUUGCUGUGUGGAUGGUUGGAGAAUAAGCCAAGCAAACUUGAUGGAAGCCAUGGAAUUAAUUAGUGGAAAGAGGUCUUAUUCAGUGGCAAUUGGAGAGAAUGAGAACGAGAUGGUGUUGGAAUGGAAAGACUCCCACAUGCCUCUGGUCAGAUUUUCAGCGUGGGGGAAUCUCUCUAUGUUCAAAGCAAAUUGUAUAGGAUUGUAG